AUGCCUCUUUCCCGCGUCCACGUUGUGCCCGGUCCCUCGAGCGCGACCCCAACGCUCUUUGGCGUUCACCGCAACUUCAUUGCCUUUGGCAUCAGCAUCAUCAUGCUCCUCAACAUUGCAAGCAUGCCCAUGAAGGCGUACCUUUCAGAGCACCCACCGUGGGCGGCCCUCCCACCACCGCCAACGUACGCCAACGACUCGGACUUCAACAUACAGACACUGUCUGGUAUGCAAGCAGCGUACAGCGCCUCGACGCUGCCGGCAGCAGCUUCCUUUUACGACGACAGCGCCCGCAACGCUCAAGUCAUGCGCCAUGUCCUCGUCAUGAGCCACAGUCCCAUUCCGGUUGAUGACUGCCGCGACCAGUUCCUUGUUGGUUUACCGAGCGUUCUCUUCUACGGUGCUGGCAUCCGCAACGUUCUCUGUGCCUUUGCCGCCGCCAACCACUCGUCGCCAAGCGAUCACACGUGGGACCGCCGCGGUGCGUGCAUGUACAUCACGUACUUUUCAACGGCCAUCGGGCAUCAAUGCGUCUGGCUUCGCGCCGGGAACGAGCUUGACGGCAGCAACACUAGCAGCUACAAUGUGUAUACACUGGUGGCGGCACACGCCGUCUAUACGUAUUCAGCGUUCCACUCGUUCAAGUUUGCCUACCGCGUUGGCAUCUCACUCCUUACCCUCCACCUCAUGUGGACCAAGUACUUUGUGCACUGUCGGCAUCUCGAGGCGCUGCUGCGCCGACGCGGCCACCGGGCACGUCUCCGCGCUCAGAGUCAUUGGCGCUACGAGGUGCUCUACGGUGACCCAACCGCGAUCAUCCUCAUGCACCCCGGCGUCGCCACGGCCUUCUUCUUGGACUGUUGGCUCAGCGUUGAGGUCAUCUCGCUUGUCAUUCCCCGCGCGUCGCAAAGCGCCGAUGUCGGCGUGAUGGUCCUCGCGUUCAUGUAUCUCUCUCGGACCGUCUGGUUUGCGUACUCCGCCGUGUGCUUGGUCGCGAGUUAUCUCAAGCGGCGUCACAAGGAACACUUGUUUUACGAAGUCGACCCGACCAUCAUCGCGGUGGGAACGACAUUCUACGGCCCCGCCGUGACGUGGGCGAUGGGCCAUGUGGGCCCUCUCCUGACAGCGUACCACUAUCUAUUCGAGUUUGGUAUUCCGGCGUCCAGAAAAGAGUACGUCAUCGAAGGUUCGGUCCCGUCGAUGCUGUAUUCGAUCAGCAUUGGGUUCAUUCCUCUCGUCUAUGGCUUUGUGGGCGCGUUGUGUCAUCGUCGACGUUCACGGCGGAUACUGUCGAGCGUCGCGUCCUUCUACGGCAGCUUUCGCUACAACGGCAUCAAGACCCAAGCAAUGUUUGCAGUGCUCCAGUGGAUGCACCCGAGCAAGAACGUCCGUGUGCCCGAGGUCGGCGGCACGAUCUACAGCCUCUUUCGUCAAAACGCGCGCUACAAACAGUCGCCGACGAUUAGUUUCCGGAGCGCCGACUGCUUUGUCUACUGCUACAAGGACAAUCUGCUCGUCGAGCGCAUUCGCUUGAGCCUACUGGAGAGCCUCGACCGCAACGAAUCAGCGCCUACACUGGCCAUUAGGGAGGCCAAGAGUGCGCCGCACUACUCGUUCAACCAACUCGUUGAUCAUACACCACCAACGAUCGUACGCGCCCCAAAACCAUCAGAGUGGUGUCUCUAA